AUGGACGGAAUGGACGUGUGGGUCAGCACCUUAGCCCAGCUGAUGGCCAAGAGGAAGCCAGAGGACACCUGGGAGCUGGUCCUUGAGGAGAACCUGGCCUCCGGGCAUCUGGACAGUGGCAGUUACGAGUACCGGCUGAGGGGGCUUUCCAGGCUCCAGUGCAGCCGCUGCCGGUGGGGCUGGUCCUCUGCCCACGUGCACAUCCUCUUCCACGUGCGAUGGGACAAGGACCGCCGCCUGGGGCUGGUGAAGAUGCGCAUCUGGGCCCAGGCGUGCCAGCUGUGCCCGCCGGACGCCCGGGGAGACUGCCAGGUGAGCCUGCUGAACGUGCGGCUCUUCCUCAACCAGCUGGUCCUGUUCGUCCUGCAGCAGUGCUACCAGGAGAGCAUCAGCUCCGACCAGUGCCCCGAGGUCUGCUUUGGGGACCACUGUGAAGCCUGCGAGCUGGGCGUCUGCUUCUUCCAGAAGCCCCCAGACCCCGCCUGGGGGCCCGAGGCCAGGAGCCCCAGCACCGUCCAGGCCAUGCCAGCCCUGGGCAGCGGCCCUGCGGCCAACGGUGCCUGGGGCUUCAUCCCGCCGUCUGCGUCCGACCCCCUCUCCGAGAGCAGCCGCUUCUUCAGCGAGGACAUGGACAUCAUCACCGUCCCCUUUUCCCUGGUGAGUGUGGGCACGGACCCGGGCCCUGCUGGCCCUGGAGAGGGCCCCCCCGGCGAGGCUGGUCCCCAGGGGCUGAUGAUCAUCGACAGCGGCUGCACCGACCAACCUGCCAGUCUCAGGGCCUUGCCCACCAGCAUGAGCAUCCUGGUCAACAUCAAGGCCCCCAUCCUCCAUGGCAAAGGCCACCUGCUCGGGAGCAUCAAGUCCUUCCAGGUCAAAGGCUUCAUCUUCAAGGGCUUUGGCUCCCUUUUGGGCCAAGCCAAGGGCCCAGGCGCCGAUCCCAGCAGCAACCGUGGACCCGCUGGAGACGCCACCCUGCCCGUGUCCUAUGUCUUGGGCCUCACGGAGAAGGGCGAGGGCUCCAUCACCUUCCCCUUGUCCUUGGCCAACAUCAUCCAGGGCCCGGACGCCCUCCCUGACCUCAGCGGCUCCCUGACCUUCCCUUUCAUCCUCACCGACCAGUGCAAGGGUGGGGCAGAGUGCGGCUACGACCCUGCCCUCAGCCCCGUCUCCUCGGGGAGCAGGGGUUCCCUCAUCAUCCCCUUCUCAGUCUUUAGUACCAUAACGCUCGGGGGCCUGCAAGGCAGCAGCUACCACAGGAGCAGGCCCUGCGACAGGCACAGGCGCCGCCGGGCCCGGAGGCCUCGGUCCCGCAGGGAGGAGGACUUCUUGGAGGAGGAGGACGGCUGGUGCUGGCCGAGUUUCGAUCCCUAUGAAGAGGUCUGGGUCUGGAUGUGCAUGGUCUUCUUCGUCCUCUGGACAUUGUACCUGUGCACGUCUUGACAGCUCCCGGACGCGUGUCUGAGGCGUGCCACCUCCCUUCAGGGUCCCCACAGCGUCUCUCCCUCCGCGGG